ACAUAUUCUGGAAACAGGCUCUGUCUUUGAAGAGCUCAGUUCUCUGUGCGAAUACAGGGGGAGGAAGAGGAGUUGUAUUGAUGAUGGGAGUCUAACUUUGGGCAAAUGAGCUGAAGAGGAGUUUCUAAUUGACAGCAUUGUAUUCACAAUGGUAUUUUCUUUUAAUUUUCUGGCAUGAGCACAGUGCUUGUCCCUGAAGGAUACCAGUUGCUUGAGAUGAAGUAGGAAACACAGCAAGUGUCAAUGUGAGAUUUCUGUCCUCGGAGUGCUGAGCUGUGGACUUACAAGCAAGACGGUAAAAUUAAAAGAAAGACGUUCAACUUGCCUUCAGGAGAAACCUCACAAGUUUCUUUGCAACAGCUGAACAUCCCUCACGUUAAGGAGAAGGAUGUGAAGAAGGAGGUGAUUGUGCCAGCUACUUUGGAUGAGCACUGGCAUUGGAUCUCCCUGUGCGGCUGGAGUGCAUUAACAACCUGGAUGUUUUGUGGCAGCUUUUCUUCAUCCUAAACAGCACAGGGCUGUUAGUUUGGAUAUAGUUAUUUUGGAUGAAACACUAAAACAGAGACAGUUUUGCACCUUUUUUUAUUUUCUUAAAAUGUCUUGCUAGUCUGACGUGCUUGUAUGAGAGGCUGUGACUUCUUUAUUCAUAUUGCUCACACUGAAAGUAGACUGAAGCUGUGGCAAGAUGUCCUGCUGCUGGGUGCAGCAUGCUAGGAACUGAGAGAUUGUUUCAGCUUCAUGCAGAAGAGCGUCUUGGUGUUUCCAGUCCAUUAAGUGCAACCAAUCUUUCAUUUCCUUUCUAGUGGAACUAGGUAUUGGUUUCUGAAGAAAAGCAUAUACAAUACAAAUAACUGCACUGCGCCCUCUUCCAGGACUUUAAAACUGCAGCCUUUUUUAUAAUUUUUGGUGUCAUCUGAAUUUGACAAAGCAAGUUCACACUCUGUUGACAUUUAAAAACAAAAUCAGAGUAUCUUCCAUUGUGUUAGAAGAGAGUACUGCUAAAGAGGAGAUCUAUUAUUUCCUUUGCCGAAUAGUUUGGUGAAGAUACACCCAUGUCUCAACGCCGCCUUUUAAGGGAAGGACAUGAAAGUCCUUUUAGGAUCCUACAAAGAUUCUUCCAAAUCCCUCAUGGCAGACGGCACUCAAGAAAUAACCCACAUCAAAUAUCCUCUGAUGAAAUCAUGCAUCAGGAUAUCAUUCCCCUCUAUGCUGCAGAUAUUCAGGACCAAUUAAGGAAACAAUUUGCAUAUCUGUCAGGUGGAAGAGGGGGAGAUGGCUGCCCUGUUAUCACCUUUCCAGACUAUCCAGCUUUCAGCGAGAUCCCUGAAAAAGAGUUUCAGAAUGUCCUUACCUACCUGACAAGCAUUCCGAGUUUACGAGAUGCUGGAAUUGGAUUUAUUCUUGUCAUAGAUCGCAGACAGGACAAAUGGACCUCCGUGAAAGCUUCCAUACUGCGGAUAGCAGCAUCUUUCCCAGGAAACCUGCAAUUAGUCCUCGUGCUGCGCCCAACGGGAUUUUUUCAUCGAGCUCUCUCAGACAUUGCUUUUAGAUUCAACAAAGAUGAGCUUAAAAUGAAAGUACCUAUCAUAAUGCUGGGCUCAGUAUCAGAACUGCAGGGUUACAUUGAUAAGACACAAUUAACAGAAGAUCUUGGUGGCACCCUGGAUUACUGCCAUAGCAGAUGGCUGUCCCGUCGCACUGCUAUAGAAGGUUUCGCCCAAAAGGUUAAGCAAACAGCUCAGAUUCUUCAGUCCUUUGGGACUGAGCUGGCUGAAACAGAACUACCAAAUGAUGCGCAAUCAACCAGCUCCCUUCUUGCAACACACACAGAAAAGAAGGACAAAAUGAAGGAGGAUAUCAGGGUAGCAGUAGAACAGGGAGACGAUAUCCUUGGAAGUAUUACAAAACCAGUUACUGAGAAUCCUGAAUACAAACUGAAUCAAGAUCAGCUAGACAAUCAAACAACAGUAGAAAGGCUACUGGCUCAAUUACAUGAAACAGAGACCGCCUUUGAUGAGUUUUGGAUUAAGCACCAGCAAAAACUAGAGCAGUGUCUGCGCCUUCGGAAUUUUGAACAAAAUUUCAGAGAGGUUAAAGCAGCUUUGGAUAUUGUGUCUGAGAGACUGUCUGCUUUCACAGAUGUGGGAAACAGCAGUUCACAUGUGGAGCAUAUUUUGAAAGAUCUUACCAACUUUGAAGAAAAAUCAUAUGAAACCAUAGCAAAAGCCAGAAUGUUAGCCUCAGAGCGUGAUGCUUUUAUUCAAAGCAAUCAUUAUGCUGUGGACUCCAUUAUUCCAAAGUGCAGUGAACUUCAUCAUCUUUGUGAUGCCUUCACCACUGAGAUAGAACGCAGAAGAAAUCUUCUUAACAAAUCUCUGGAACUGCAUGACUUACUAGAGAAGUCUAUGAAGUGGUGUGAUGAAGGAAUUUACCUGCUGGCUUCCCAGCCGGUAGAUAAGUGUCAGUCUCAGGAUGGUGCAGAAUCAGCAUUACAGGAGAUCGAGAAAUUCCUAGAUACUGGUGCUGGCAAUAAAAUCAAGGAGUUGAAUAAAAUUUACAGAGAGUAUGCACACAUCCUCAAUGAAGACCUAAAGGAGCAUGUGCAAAAGGUUUUCCAGAAGCAAGAAAGUAUGGAAGAAAUGUUUCAAAAGCGGCAAGUAAGUCUUAAGAAACUGGCAGCUAAGCAGACACGUCCUGUUCAGCCAGUUGCUCCAAGACCUGAAGCAUUUGUAAAAUCCCCUUGUACCUCUCCAGGUCUUCAAAGAGAAAAUACGUCCAACUCAGAAAGCAGCGCGCUUCGGAGGGUAAACUACAGAAAAGGAAAGAGUGAAAUGACUGAACUCCAUCAAAGCAGAGGAGGAUCUACAAUGGAUGAUGAAGAAAACCUAGCUGUGUUACGGCAGCAUGUAAUGAAUGAACUUAUUGAGACUGAACGAGCAUAUGUGGAAGAACUUCUCUGUGUUCUUGAGGGUUAUGCUGCAGAGAUGGACAACCCCUUAAUGGCUCAUCUAAUUUCACCAGAACUGCAAAAUAAGAAGGAUAUCUUGUUUGGAAAUAUGGAAGAAAUUUAUCACUUUCACAACAGAAUAUUCUUGAGAGAACUAGAAACCUAUGUGGAAUACCCAGAACUGGUAGGACGGUGCUUUCUGGAUCAGAUGGAAGACUUCCAGAUUUAUGAAAAAUACUGUCAAAAUAAACCUCGAUCCGAAAGUUUGUGGAGGCAGUUUUCAGACUCUGUAUUCUUCCAGGAAUGUCAAAGAAAACUCGACCACAAGCUCAGUUUGGACUCAUACUUGCUGAAACCCGUUCAAAGAAUAACCAAAUACCAAUUAUUGCUAAAGGAAAUGCUAAAGUACAGUAAGAACUGUGAAGGUGCUGAAGAUCUUCAGGAAGCACUAACUUCUAUACUGGGCAUUCUUAAAGCAGUUAAUGAUUCUAUGCACCAGAUAGCCAUUACUGGCUAUGAUGGAAACCUUAAUGAGCUGGGCAAGCUUUUAAUGCAAGGAUCCUUCAGUGUCUGGACUGAUCAUAAAAAGGGUCACACAAAGGUGAAAGAUUUGGCACGCUUCAAGCCAAUGCAGCGACACCUCUUCCUCCACGAGAAAGCCGUCCUGUUCUGUAAAAAGCGAGAAGAAAACGGAGAGGGAUAUGAGAAAGCACCUUCUUACAGCUACAAACACUCCUUAAAUAUGGCUGCAGUUGGAAUAACAGAAAAUGUCAAAGGUGAUGCAAAAAAAUUUGAAAUCUGGUAUAAUGCAAGGGAAGAAGUUUACAUUAUACAGGCACCAACCCCUGAAGUUAAAGCUACUUGGGUGAGUGAAAUAAGAAAAGUGCUGACAAGUCAACUGCAGGCAUGCAGAGAAGCUAGUCAGCACAGGACACUAGAACAAACACAGAGUUUACCUCUACCACUACCAGCAUCAUCUUGUGCAAGUCCUUCACGAAACCACACCAGAAAUACCAAAAAAAUGGAGGAGAAGAAAGCUGAUAUCACAAGUCUAGAAGGUUGUGGCACUACAGUAGCACCAAAGUACCCCGAGAAAGGCAAAGACAACACUAGCUCUACCUCAGAAUGCUCUGUACUGUCAAAAAAGUGCUUUACACUGCAGGGCUUUACUAACCUCAAAAGUCAGAAAGAAACUCCAUCUCCUUCUGCUAAAAGCCAGACAUUGCCAAUGAUCCUUCUUACAGGACCAGCUUCUCCUACCAGUCCUGACAAAAAAGCCAAACGGCACGAAGUAGUGAGUGACCCAACUCCUUUUGGUUUAAGAGGUUGGGCCAAACCAUCCCAUUCUCUUGAUGCAUCUGAAGAAAAUGAUGGCUGGUCUAGUGCUGAAGAACCGCUGAAUUCAUCGGAUGCGGAGGAAGAAGGAGGAGGAGGGGGAGGCGAGAUGAAGCUGACUCCUGGUAAAUAUACAGUUGUGACUGAUUAUGACAAAGGAGUUUCUGAAGAAUUUACAGUGAAAAGUGGAGAUCUAGUUCAACUGAUUCGUGAAGGGGAGGAUGGACUUUGGUUUGUAAAGAACCUGAGCAGUGGUAGAGAAGGUUGGAUUCCAGCAAGCAACCUGCUGAUGCUCAUAGGCAACUCAAAAUCAGCUCAAUCUUUAAGCAGCUCUGAAUCAGGCACUGCCUCCAGCACUUUGAGCACAUCAUCAAGUUGCAGUGAUAGCUGCAAUGUCAGUAGCACCAGCUUCUCUGACAUUAAGGGCUAAUGUGAAAUGCUCAUCCCACCUCCCUGGAAGGUAAAUCUGGAGAUUGUCAUUUGCUGCAGAGUUCUGGACUUUGGACUUCAUUGAAGAACCACAAGUUCUGUGUUGCCAGCUCUGAGUAUUUUUAGUGGUGACUUCCACAGGUUCUCCCAGAAGAUCCCAAUGAAAAGUGCAUGGAAUGUGAAGUUGUAAAUAAAAGUAAAAUGAUUUGAAAUAGGAUUUUGUAGAGGUUUCUGCUCUGAAGAGCUGCUAGCAUAAAGCGCGUUUUCUCUUUGACACACAAUCAGGUUUCUGUAGAACUUUUUGUAACAGCCAGAAUCUGAAUGUGAGCAGACAAAAUGUGUUCAAUGCUAAAUGCUCAUUGUAAACUAAUAGCAUAGCAAUCACUGUACAGGAUAGGUAUGAGGAAAAUAAAUCUACGUUUACAAUUUCUUCUCCCCAAGAAACCCUUUCUCCAAGGACAUACCUCGGUCAAUGCAGCGAAUGGGACUCUGACGGCAAUAAGGAAGGAAGUUUGGUCCACCCUUUCCUCUUGGGUUUUCAGGAUAUUCUCCUGCUCCCUAGAGGCAGGGAUGCAGACAUGGCCAAUUCACUGACCACAACAACAUCAAAAGAAACUAUUACUUUAUCCUUUCCAACAUUUUAGUGACUUGUGCAAUGGAAUAGCUUUUUCUGAGGUACUUUGGCCUCACAACCAAAUUCUUUACCAAGAUCACUGUGUUUACACAGCCUUGGCAAUUUAGUAGUAUCUUUCUCCUUAUUCAGGUGGACAAUGAAACACAAAUGUUCUUAUUCACUAAAUUAUUUUUUAAUAAACAGUAAUUGCAUGGUUACUUUCAGCUCUCACAAUUAAUGUGCAGCUACAGCCAGAGGAAGGCAUUGUAACUGCACUGGGGGUCAAGAGCCUUCCUUCAAACAAACCUAUGAGGGCUGGAAAUCCAAUGCAUUUUUAGUCCAUAGUGUUCCAGAUUAAUUGAAAGAGAAGAAACCCCAAUGACAUAACUUUUCUACAAAAGGGGAGUACAGGAGGAAAAAACCUUAGAGAAGAGUCAGAUUUAUGCUACAGAUAAGUAUUUUAAAUUUUUUUAAAGGAAGGGUUAUGCUAAACUUGUCGGUUUUCAGGGUAUGAUGUAAGCCAGUGUUGCAAGUGUUCUCUUUGUCAGAUGUUCUUUGCACACCUUACAGUACAAAACUAAGUGCAGGUAUAGAAUACUGUAUUCAUUCCUUUCCAUCUCUCAAAUAUUUUUGCUUAUAUGAAAACAGGUUUAACUGAUUCAUGCACCAUAUUAUUUAAAAAUAAUGGGGACAUAAAGAGCAUAACUUUUCAGAAGCACUAAGCACAGCAGAUUAUGUCAAUGGGAACUGUGUUAAUCAUCAGAUUCUCUGAUGGCUGAGCCCUGAAUUCUAUCUUUAUGCCAGAAUUUUAUGUUUUAGAGGCUGCAGAGUAGAAAACUUAAAUGACAAACACUCCUAAGAAUGAUGCAGAAGCAACCCUACCCCAGACGCAAUCAAAAUGCAGCUGACCAUGGUCAGCACAUAUUAAAGCAUGUAUAUGCACACACACAUAUUUAUGCACAUAUAUAUGUGCAUGUAUGUGCUUGUGUGUAUAAUACAUGUACGUGUAGAUAUGUAUAUGUGUGUAGAUAUAAUGUAUCAAUGUAAAAGAUGUAUUUAUAGUCUUCAUGCUGCUGAAUGUGUCACUUUACAAUUCAUAAAUACUUAGGUUUCUUGCAAUACUUCAAUAUAAAUGCUGAUCAGGGUUUUACUUCAGGCAUCUUUUUCAAAACAGAAAUCCUCUGAUCUUUUUUUUCUUAUUCCAUAUAAUACUGUGCUGACCAGGAAUAUUUAGUCUGAUAUUUAACAAUGGAAUAGCAACAUGAGAUUCAUCUUAUCUUCAUCUAUGUAAGUUAUUUUGUAAAUUAUCUGUAACAUAAUUUACUUAUAUAUUGCUGUCAUUGCUUGGAUGAGACUGUCAUUUCAUUUCUCACUGCAGCCUCAUUUGUGUUAUUUCAAUGGUUUUUUCCACAUCAUUGCACUUUAAUACAACCCAUUUCACCAUUUCCUUUUUUACUGCUGUUGUGAAUUAGAAGUUCAAAGUCAGAGGUCUCUACUGUAAUUAAUUUGAAUAAAUUUCAGCGCUUCUUGCUGAAUGCCUUUA